AUGGAGUCCACUGGCCUGGAGGGCCUCAGAGGGGGCGAGGGAGCACAGGGUGCCAAGGGCCGGCCUCUGCCGGAGGCCAGAGUGCACUUCCCAGUGACCCGCUUCCUCAUGGAGGUAGGCGUCAAGCUGGGCCUGAGGUCCAUUCCCAUUGCCACGGCCUGCACCAUUUACCAUAAGUUCUUCUGUGAGGCCAACCUGGACACUUAUGACCCCUAUUUGGUAGCCUUGGCUUCCCUUUACUUGGCUGGCAAAGUGGAAGAGCAGCACCUGCACAUUCAGGACAUCAUAAAUGUGGCCAACACGUACUUCCACCCCAGCAGCGAGCCUUUGCAGCUGGAUUCCCGCUUCUGGGAGCUCCGGGACAGCAUCGUCCAGUGCGAGCUACUGGUGCUGAGAGUUCUGCAGUUCCAAGUCUCCUUCCAGCAUCUGCAUAGAUAUCUGCUCCACUACCUGAUUUCCCUCAAGAACUGGCUGAAUUGGUACAGCUGGCAGCGGGCCCCCAUUUCUGUCACUGCCUGGGCACUGCUGCGGGACAGCUACCAUGGGCUGUGCCUCCACUUUUGGGCUCAGCACAUAGCCGUGGCGGUGCUCUACCUGGCCCUGCAGGCUUAUGGGAUCAAGGUGCCUGCUGAGGAGCAUGCAGAGAAGUCGUGGUGGCAGAUUUACACCAUGGACACAGAGCUCCCCUAA